AUGUCGACCCUACCUCCUCUAGCGGCCAUAUUCUUGACGCAUUUUGACGAUAUCAAAGGUCAAUCUGUUAUAUUUUAUGCUUCUUUACCAAAUCUACCAGCAGAGACCAUCGAACAUGCGACUCUGCCUUCCGGUCUACAUGCACUUGACUCUGAUCUUGUGCUAUUUGUCCAUCAUGAUCUUCCUGGUGCAGGGGUGUUCCGGAAUAGAUUGAGCGAUGAAAGUAGCAGAGGAAGAAAGAUGGGUACUUUGGGUGCCGUGUUAGCCAAUCCCGCCGUUCCUUCAGAUCCCUUCUCCCUGCAUGAUCCUCUGUCGGCAUUGUUCGAUCAGCUGGAGAGUCUAGAGUCAUCGCCUUUCGCACCUUCCACAUCGACAUCACCUUCCAACGCGGUUUCGAUUCUUGCCAAAGUAUGGCACGAUCAUCGUGCUGAUUCCCGUCCGGGGUCUUCUACUAAUGUCAAAGGAAACGGGAAAGAGGCCGUCAGGGGUAUAAGGCAGCUGGUAGACGGACGAGCGAGGCCCACUGAACAUCCUAUCGCGUGGAUGCCCUCGUUGUUGGGAAUCUUAGGUCCAUCCAUAGUGCCAGUCUACAAAGCUGCUCUCUCAGGUCAAAGAAUCAUACUCUACUCUACUCCUCCUCUACUCCCUCUUGCAGCUUUCGCUUGGUGUAUAUGGUCGAUGUCUCUUUCUCCUCCUUCAACGCCUGAUGCAGAACCUUCCAAAUGGAUAGGUAACGUGGGACUUAUGGAUCUUACCGAGCUGAAGAAACGAAAGGGCGGAUGGAUCGCUACUACAUCGGAUGCAAUCUACAAAUCUCAUCAUGCAGCUUAUGACAUGUUCAUCGACCUCUCUUCCAUCCCACUCUCAUCUUCACCACCUCACGGUGAAAACACUCCUACAACUCCUACACCCCAUAUUUUCUCGACAUACCAUCAACCUAAUAACGUACCUGUACCCAUCACAUACUCGUUCUCCGAUCUACCUUUAUACAGAUCGUUGCUUCUCCUGACGUCUUCCCCUCCAACUGUACACGCAGGAGUGAGUAAGACGGGCGGGUGGUGGUUAUUAGCUUUUGAAUUACUAGAGAGGGCUUGGAAGCUCUGUAUGGGAGUUUGCGACUUCGCCGUGGGAAGAGCGCACCUGGGCGAUCAGGGUCACCUUAGGCUUGAUGAAGGUGAAGAGGAUGCUAGGUUACUGGAUGAAGACGACGAGAUUAUCAGCGAUUUAGGUGGGGAAGAGGAGACCGAUGAAGAUCCUGAAGAUGAAGCUAUAAGAAGAGGGAAAUUGAUCCUGAGACAGCUUCACCACAACACUUAUCAUCUCCAUUCAAAGUUGAGGAAUACUAUCGAUGCUCGACCUCGAGGUGAAACAUCACGUACAGCCCCUCUGAAUCAGACGGAAGUGAGACAGCUGGUAGGAGGUAAAUGGCCUCUUGGCGGUUUAGAAGGUGAAGGACAAUUCUGGAAGGAUAUUGCGAGAGUAUGGGGUAUGACUGCGGAUUUAGAGGAGCAGGAUUUAUAA